CAGGUUCGUCUUGAUUGAGACUACUGAGGAAGUGUGACACGCAUGUCAAUUUUGAAGAAUUCAAAUUCAUAAACAAAUCUUCAGUAGAUAUAGAGAUAUUGAUACUGAAUUAUCUCAAGAUUCGUACUUGUACAUCCACGUAUUCUAAAACACAGAAAAUGUCUGAUAGAAAAGACCAAGAGGAAAAAGAAGAAUCUUCCACUUUUCUACAAGAGACGGAUUCCAAAUGCAGUUCCUCUACAUCAAUUACCAAUAAAGAAGAUACUGAAGUAUUCGAGAGGCAAUUGACGAAAACUGAAGUAAAAAAACCUAAGACAUCAAUUAAACUACCAGGACAGUUAGACAUAACUUCGAAGGAAGAAACGCAAGUAGUUGGAGAUGAUGUCACCAAGCGAAACGAGCAGAACAUAAUUUGUGAAUGUCAGCCCAAUGUAGCUGGAGCAGCUGUACCAACUUUAUCGUCAGUCAAUAGUCUAGCAAAUUCAUUGGAAGCAUCAGAUGAAUUCCUACGUAGUCAAUAUGUUUCCGGCAACGAGUCUGAGAAAUUGUUAGUUCAUGAUUCUCUAGAAGUUCCAAGCACAUCUAUAGCAAAGUCUGACAAUAAAGCUUCGAAAAAACCAAGCAUGAUCCCAAUAAAGCUCACAAGACCAAAUAGCAGUAAUAGACCGGUUCGGGACAGAGGUCAAACAGAUCUUCUAAAGAAAACAGUAAAAGAACAACAAUUGCAUACCAAUAAGAAAAAUGAAACCAAGUUUCCAAAAGAUAAACCUUAUCGUUCUAAGAUUGAGGGCAAAAAUAUUGUAGGUCAUCUGGAGGAUAGACCUACUAGCAAGAUCUCUUCUAGAAUGUUGAAUCUACAAGAAAGGUUGAAAGCUACUACAUCAAUGCUGAGAAAGAGAUUCGAAGACGACAAAAGUAAAGCUGAUUCUUCAUGCCAGAUAAGUUCUGGAUGCUGCUUGACCAAUCAAGAAUCAGUUAGCAGUCAAACUUCUGAGGAAGAAACCAGCCCCACUUCGGUGGUAGAUCUGUAUAAGAUUAUUAUACAAUUGAAAGAAACAGCUACCAAAUUGUCAAGUAUAAGCAUUCUUGGAAAACAGAAGGGUUAUAUUGAGAAGCUGUUGCUUAAAAUAACUGAGAUUCAGAAGAUCGCUGAUCACCUGUCCAAAUGUGAGAAUAGUAAUGAAAAGUUCGUAGACGGAAAUGAAGAACGGAAGACAGAGAUCAGCAAAUCCGCCAAAACUAAGGAUAACAAGAUCUACAUCAAGUUUGUACCCAAGAAGAAACAUCUAGAUUCACCAAAGGACAAUACCGAAGUUACACAGACUGAGCUAGAUUUAGGGACUCCGACUUCAGAAUGUCGUAUGACCUCUGAAGUAAAUAUUCCUGACGAGACUAACCACGAAAUCAGCAUGAAAGAUUCAGACUCUAUGGAUGGAAUUUUCAUACCUUCAUGUGAACCACCGAUCAACAUUGAAGAAGAAGAAGAGGAAACCAACGGAUUAGAUAUCACAAUAACGUUCCCUGAAAUCAACAAUCUCCUUUCGCACGAAGAUCAUUCUCACCUGUCUGUCCGUUUAUCAGACAUUUCUGAGGAAGCUCUCAAAAAGUUGAAGCGGUGCCCCAAAGAUUUCACCCUAAGAAUGGAUUUCGUUCAGGGCAAAAUACUAUUUCAGACCGGUAAAGCCCCAGUCAAUAAUUUUUCUAUUGGGCCAGACUUGAAGUUUGUGGAGAAUCCGAUAGAUGAGAAAAAAUCUGAUAUCAUCAGUAUAAAGCCAUCAACAGAAUGUUCAUUCGCGUCCCAACUGAUACCAGUGGAGAACAUUACGAAAGAGAUUACUUCCUACAAAUCUUUGAGAUCGACUGACUCUGAACUGUUCAGUGUGGUUAAUUUACCAUACAUUUACAGAAACUCCUCUUUGAAUACGGUGACAAAAUCUUGUAUCACAUUCAAAAAUGACGGAAUUCUUUCAAUGGCUCUGCUUGCUAGGCAUUUUGGAAGAAGCAUGCCUCAAAUACCAAGUAUAACGAAUAUUUUCGAAGAAAAAAUAAUGGAAAAUUUGAAUAAGGCUACUGAUAUUGUUUCAGCUCUUCAGAUUCAAGAAAGAAGGAGAAAAAAUCGGGCGAAUCAGAGAAGGGCAAUCAUCACACCAAAUAAUGUUUGAAUAUUUGUAUUUUGAAUUUGUAAUAAUUAUUUGUGAUUUAUACACGUAUAUAAAUAAAU